CAUCUGGAGCCGUGGAAACUCUAUGCCACCGUGGGGGUGCUGCUGGUCAUCGACGUCCUGUCACUCAUGAUCUGGCAAAUAGUGGAUCCUCUACACAUCACUGUGGAGAAGUUUGUGAGAGAGGCCCCUAAAGGAGAUCUGGAUGUUCUGGUCCAACCUCUGCUGGAACACUGCAGCUCAGACAAGAUGAAUACUUGGCUUGGGGUGGUGUAUGGUUAUAAGGGCUUGCUGCUGCUCCUGGGGAUUUUCUUGGCUUAUGAGACCAAGUCAAUAUCAACAGAGAAGAUCAACGACCACCGUGCUGUGGGCAUGGCCAUCUACAACGUCUCA